AUGCCUUCGGUGCUCACCUGUUGCGUUGCGGUUGUGCUGCUUGCCCAGUCGGAAGCCCGAGACUGCUCGAACGGCGCCUGCGCCGCAGACGACGAUGCUGCUGCUAUGCUGCAGACAAGGUCACCCCUGCUACGGAACAGUGUCAGUGUCUGCGAGGAGGGCGACCACGUGCCCUGUCCCGGCUCUGGCAACAUGUGCGCCGGAAACCAGUGCUGCCCUCGCACCGCGGAGUCGGGCGGCAAGACGUUCCCGUGCCCGUCGGCCGCAGACAGCUUCGCCGGCUGUGAGAACAAUACGAAGCUGAGCACAUGCCCUCCGGGUGGAGGGACGGCGACCACGCUGGCGAUUGGCGAGGAGGAGGGCCCUCCGGGCGGAGGGACGCCGACCACUCUGAUGGUUGGCGAGGAGGAGAGCCCUCCGGGCGAAGGGACGGCGACCACUCUGAUGGUUGGUGAGGAAGAGGGCCCUCCGCCGGCAGGCUGCAAGGAGGGCGACCACGUGCCCUGUCCCGGCUCUGGCAACAUGUGCGCCGGAAGCCAGUGCUGCCCUGGCACCGCGGAGUCGGGCGGCAAGACGUUCCCGUGCCCGUCGGCCGCAGACAGCUUCGCCGGCUGUGAGAACAAUACGAAGCUGGGCACAUGCCCUCCGGGCGGAGGGACGGCGACCACGCUGGCGGUUGGCGAGGAGGAGGGCCCUCCGGGCGGAGGGACGCCGACCACUCUGAUGGUUGGCGAGGAGGAGAGCCCUCCGGGCGAAGGGACGGCGACCACUCUGAUGGUUGGUGAGGAGGAGGGAGGGCCCUACGGCGACCACUCUGAUGGUUGGUGA